GAUCUUUCAAGAAAACUUCACAACAUUAAAACAAAACAGGAUUGGUGUUGCUGUCAGCUGAGGAAGGGUCUGGAGGUGAGAGGCUUUGGUGUGACACACUAAGGGCUUUGCAGGAUCAUGUUUACCUGUCGCCUGCCUUGGUGGAGAUCCAGCGCUACCUGCAAGCCGUGGCAGUCGGGUCACGUUCUGCCUUGCCUCUGGGAGACAUGCCAACCACCGAGUCGUAAAGGAAUCCACAUGACUGCGGGGCAGGGGCAACAGGUUGGCAUGCAGGAGAAACAAGUGUUAGAAGAUUUGGAAAUGCCCCUUGCAAGGAGAGGAGCCGAGACCCUUUUCCAAGAGCAGCCCCAAACUGGGAACCAGUAUUUGGAAGAUGCUUUGCUUCGGAGUUACUUGAAAACGCACCUUCCUCCCAAGGUACUGGAGGAGGUGAAUCAGGACCUGGAGAGAUUUGGAAACCUUCUGCUAACCAAGAUCAAACCUCUAGGAUGGGAAUGUGAGUUGAACCCCCCUGUGUUUCGGCAAUACGACGCCUGGGGGCAGCGGGUGGAUCACAUCGUCACCUGCUCGGCCUGGAGGAGGAUGAAAGAGAUAGCAGCAGAAGAGGGGCUGAUUGCUGAGGCCUAUGAGAGGAAAUACUCCAGCUGGAGCCGUCUGCAUCAGGCUGUCAAACUGUACUUAUUUUCAAGCUCCUCUGGAGGUUUCAACUGUCCGCUGGCCAUGACUGAUGGGGCAGCCAAAGUCAUUGAGUCACUAGGUAUUCCUGGAUCUCUGAAAAAUGCUUUUGACCAUCUGACAUCUCGUGACCCCAAAAAGUUCUGGACCUCUGGCCAGUGGAUGACCGAGCGCAGGGGAGGCUCUGAUGUUGCUAACGGCACCGAGACAGUGGCCAGAAAGCAGCCAGAUGGCACAUAUCGCCUCUAUGGUUUUAAAUGGUUUACAUCGGCUGCUGAUUCUGAUGUGACAUUAACCCUGGCCAGGGUGGCGGAUGCUGAAGGACAAGUAAAACAGGGUUCCAGCGGCCUGUCCCUGUUCUUCCUGAAGGUUCGAGAUGAGGAGGGGAAGCUGAACAGCAUCCAAGUGCAAAGGCUGAAGGACAAGCUGGGCACGCGGCAGAUGGCAACAGCAGAGCUAUGGCUAAACGGAGCUAAAGCAGAGCUGAUCUCUGCAGAGGGUCGUGGAGUGGCCUCCAUCUCCAACAUGCUGAACAUAACCCGGAUCCACAAUGUCAUUGGCGCUGUAGCCUCCAUGAGAAGGAUGAUCAGUCUGAGCAGGGAGUACGCCCGUAGGCGGGUUGCCUUUGGGAAGCUUCUCAAGGACCAUCCCCUACACAUGCAGACGAUAGCCCGGAUGGAGGUGCAGACCCGAGGGGCGUUUCUUCUGCUUAUGGAAAUCGUUCGUCUGCUUGGACUUGUAGAAACCAACAUGGCGAGUGAGCAAGACCAGCUUCUCUUGAGACUGCUGGUACCAGUCGCCAAACUGUACACUGGGAAGCAGGCUUCUGCUGUUGUUGUUGAGGCAAUGGAGAGUUUUGGAGGACAAGGUUACAUGGAGGAUACAGGUUUGCCGGUCAUAGUCCGCGAUACUCUGGUGCUGUCCAUAUGGGAGGGAACAACAAAUAUCCUGUCACUUGAUGUCCUGCGAUCCCUCACCAAGAGUCAGGGACAGGUGAUGGCUGUGUUCUUCUCCACAGUGCAGAAAAAACUGGAGCUGGCUUCGAGCACUGCAAAACUGGAACGUGCCGUGAAGCAAACGCGGGACGCCAUCAGCAGCCUGGUGCAGUUCAUGCAAGCAGCUGGUUCAAAGGGGGCAGUGACCGUGGAGCUAGCAGCAAGAGACUUCUCCUAUGCCCUAGCAAGGAUCUAUGCAGGAGCUCUUUUAGUCGAACAUGCGGCUCGGCCUGAUGCUUCCUCCACAGACAUCGCCGCUGCUCGCAGGUGGUGCAACCAGGAGCUGUGCCCUGUGGCCGCGGAGCUGGAGAACAGCAGCUACGAGGCUGAGGAAGCACUCCUGGACAGCGCGCUGGUGUACGAGGGCAGCCCUGCCUCCAGCAGCAGGCUGUGACCCACCAGAGGCAACUGGGAAGUCCAACCCCUGGGGGAAACAGAAGAAGGGUCAUUCCAUGGACCUCGGGAGCCAGUUCCAAGCGAUGCCAGCGAUGGAACCUCGCUGCGGGCGCCUCUAAGGACUGUGCAAAACCUGACUCGGAUCCUAUGUCAGAGUGCGCCUUCACUGAGCGCUGCCUGAGCGUCCCCUUCCAGCACAGCCCAGUAAAACGCUGUCCGCUAACUGACUCUGGACAUGGUUUUCUCAAAACCUCCCGCUGAGUAGUACAGGAUCUAUGGCCGGGACAAUUACAGACUAACCACAGAGUAUCUGCACACGCCCCUCUGUAAACGAGCUCUGACCUGUUCAGCUUUCCUGCAGCUGGCUCUUGCCCAUUGCAGCCUCCCAGCAGCUCAAAACCUCUCCCAGCACAGGCUCAGUCCCACACCGACGGCCCUUCCUGGGUAGCAGCAUGGCUCCUAACACCCUCUUCCCCUCCACCACCGAAGAGCCUUUGGUUUUCCAUCCCAGGUGCUGCCACCACCAUCCCUCACCCCUACAAUUAAGCUGCGAUCAACUAAGCGCUGCCCAGCCCGUAAGAUCGCUGCCGCUGAGCAACUUCUGUGCCACCACGCGCCAGGACUUGUGCCACCUCCACCGGCAAGGAGAGGCUGGCCUUGCCGCCGUCCUACCUGGGGACAAGGGGGGCCUUCAGUUCUCAGAGAUUGUCUUGCUCCUCAGCCACUAAUACUCUUUGCUAGACUCCCGAUAAGCCGUACAAAUCGCCUUUGCAUAAGCAGAUUGUUUUACAGCGUGUAAGACGGUACUAAAGCUGCAUCUUGCGAUAGCAGCUCUGCUCUCCUUCCAUGCUCUCGUGCUGUUUGAGAGCUGUAACAAAAGAGGACAGGACGUUCAUUAGGAAGAAUUGAUCACUGGGAAAUGAGCUUCUACAGAACACGUGCUCCUCCAGCAGCGCUGCCAGUCCGCUGACGUCCCUGCCACGAAGCCCUUCUGCACAAUAAUGGCUCCACACUACAUGGAAGUUAAAAAGUUCUCCAACUCCCUCCACCAGUGGCAGGAGAGACGCGCGGGGUUUUGCUCAGCAUUCCCGAAGCAGAGAACGCCCGAGCAGCGCAGGGGCCAGGGCCGGGAGCACCGGUGUGCACGUAACGUCUGCAGCUGCGCCAUGCUACAACGCAGUUACUGAAAAAAGCACUUGGAAGUAACUCAAAUAUGAAAGAAGCUAUAUAAAAUCAAAUUCUGGUGUAUAAUUGAAAACCUGCUGUUCCUUUGCAUGUUCUUAAUAGUGCAAAACAUUAUAUUUGCUUCUUUUUUAUUCUUGAAGCUGUAAAUACUACCACCAGCUGUGCUUACAGCUCUGUCCAGAAUCUGCAGGUUUAUUUGAUUAAAUAAAUACUGUGAGAUUAUAAAGCAA